CUCUCCCAUUUUCUUUGAAGUAGAUGAAAAACUCUCUAAACCCACAACAGAAACACAGAGAAGCUGCAAUCUGAGCAAAAAAAAGCCAAAAGCAACAAAAACCUCAAAGUUUCAUUGAUUUGGGUAAUCCAUGGACGACUGGAGAAUCAGACACAAAUCAAGGUUUCACAUACCUCCCGGGAUAUUUUUCAAGAAAGGCGAUGACGAUGAGGAUAGAGAACCCUAUUGCGAAGACGCAGACGCGCCAAUGUAUCGAUGUUUGUUCUCCCCUGCUUUGGCUAAACUUCUCUCUGCCAUGAUUCUUCUCUCUAUUCUCUUCACCACAACCGUGCCGAGUUUCCGAACCUUGGAACUCGGACACUUGAGGUUGUGGAGGUGGCAACUCGUCGCCGUCUUUCCUUUUUACGGACGCUCUAUCUCCCGCGCCAUUACCACUCGCGUUCUUCAAGUAAUCGAAAACGCGAAUAACGCGAGGCUAAAGGGAAAUCUCCCUCACGCGUAUGCCGUGAAGAGAACCUUCGAGUAUGUUCUACCGUUCGCCACAUUGUUAACAACCUGGAUUUUAUUGAUAGACACUCCCCUCAAGAAGCUUGGUAAAAUGAAUAUUGCACUUGAAAACGUAACAAAGAUACUGUCUUGCGUUGUUGUCUUGACGAUAAUUUGGGGCUUCAACAUCGUUGUAUGGAAGGUCGUGUCGAUUUCGUUCCACAGGCGAAACUAUUUGGAACAAAUCAAAGAGGCCAUCUUUGCUCUGUACAUCUUACGUAGCAUGUUAACUCCAUUAAAGGAUCCAAAUCAGAUGACAGAGGAGAGAGAGGUUAUCAUCGCUGCUGCCCCGAAAAAUCGAAGGGGACACAAGCUUUUACACGGCCGGAUGACCUUUUGUCAAUGGCGUCUCGUGAGCGUGGACACCUCGAAUGAUUGGGAAGUUUGGAAUAUGGUGAAUCUCGUCCGGAACGCGAAUGCAUUAGAUGAAAUGUUACGGCUACUUCCCCAUCGCCGUUCUACCCGUCCUAACCUCAACCCAUGGGAUGACAAAGCGAUGUCUGUAUCCGAAGAGAUAAUUAAGAAGGUGUCGAAAAGCGAAUCCAGAGAAAUUAGUCUUGGCGACCUAUCGUACUGCAUGCCGGAAGAGAUUGCUGAGGAAGCGUUGAAGCGGAUCGGAGCCAAACAAGGAAAGUUUGGGAUAGAUGAGCUCUUCAUUUGGGUGAGUCGCACUUUUCAGCAGCACAGAGGGCUUGAGUCAUCACUCGGCGACACUCACCUUGUCUUGAGAGAUUUGCAUCGCGCCGUCAAUGUCGUUGUCUUGGCAAUACUUACAUUCGCUUGGCUCGUCAUACUAGACACCGUAUGUGUCCUCCCAAUAAACGAGGAAUUGGGACACAAGUUUUACAUGGUGAUACUGUUUCAUGCUCUGGUGGUUGCCUGUGUCUUUCACGUCAUAUGGAAUAUGUAUGGCGACAGGGUUAGAUUCUUUUUCCGCCACUCAAUCCAAGUCGGGGAAACUUGCACCAUUGACGGGAAAAAGAUGCAAGUGGAGGAGUUGAGCGUUUUCAACACACUUUUUCUGACCAUGGAGGGCGAUGAGGCAUUCUGACCCAAUUCUGAUCUCAUGGUGAGGGAAAUUAUCAAGGAUCCUACGUUUCUACUCCCUAGAGCU